GCAAACAUUUGAUUGAAACUCAAACAAAUUGCAGUCAAAAUCUGAUUGACAUUUUCAAAUCACUGCUUAUUUGGGAUAAAAUACUUUAUCUUGCCUUUACCUUUGGUCAUACAUUUUUCUUUCAAAUGAAAUGAAUUUUCCUAUUUUUCUCUCCUGUUUGUUUUUUUGUUCCUGCAAUUGUUUUCGAGUUGAACCAAAGAUUUCAAAAAACAAAGAAAUCAUUACGAAAUCUACAAUAUCCAAUAUUGUUAACGGCUUCCCAGCAUUCAACAGACAUUUCUUUGCCAAAGUUCGUAACUUCCGGAAUGGAGAUUUCUGUGGAGCUUCAGUAUUAGACGAUUGGUGGGUUAUCACAACUGCCACUUGCGUACUGCUAAGCGACAAGUUCGAAGUGUUUGUGGAGAUCAAUAAUUUCUCCAGACGCAAUACAGUAUUUAGAGCAUUCAUGUUAAAAAGAAUUGUCUUUUCGCACAGUAUUCUCACAUUUGAUAAUUUGGAUGAUGCAGUUGCCCUUCUUCAACUUAGAGAUCCAAUUGAAGAACACUUUCAACCCUUCCUUCUAAUGCUUC